AUGCGAAACUCGCCUGUGGGGCAGGACGAGGGAGAGAACCUGAAUACUCGGACCGUUUACGGCCUGCCGGUACCAACACGGGAACGCACCAUUGAUGAACAUGGGUAUGAGCUGACAAAGCACUCACUGCGGUUUCGAGGGAAAGACUGGGACGUUGUGCUCAACAAUAAGCGUGAGAAACUCCGAACUUCGUUCGUCAGCGACGCAGCCGCCGCGACAGGGGAGCCGGAAUACAACAUCUUAAACGUCCGCUACCAGGUGGAUGAGAUUUGCCGACUCGUCGUGCGGUUCAGCGUGCGUCACAAGGCGCAAACCUCGGGCUCUGCACUGCAGGACCGCCUUGCGACAUACCCAUACGAGGCUGUGCGGGCGUUGUACGAACCUCGUGUGAAGAAGCCGCGGAAGUACAGAAUUCACACGAACUCUUCCGUUGCAACUUCCUUUGCUCGCCAGCGGCGGCCGACAACUGGCAAUCAGUUGCUACGGACACGCCGCUGCUGA